AUGAUUAUCUGUGGACCGGCUCGAGUGACAUAUCCGUCCUUGAGUGUGACGGCUGGGGAUUAUGAAGCCGUGGUUUCCCACUAACAUUUCUUAAACCCCUUGGUUGGGUCGGGGCGGGUAUGGAAUUUGUGACCCUGUGGACCGUAGACAGGCACACAACCUGUUGCGCUACGGCGUGCCCCAAAAAAAAAACGAACCCGGACCGCGUGGCACGGUGUUCCGAAACGAACGACAGUAAGCCAAAGCAAUGGACGUUCAAAAAUCGCGCCCACUCGAGUUUUUUCUAACGCAACGCGGUGCGGCACGUGCCCUCGCUAAUAAGAGCUACCCUAAAGUUUUAUUCGAUUUAUCCGUUGUUUUCACCUUUUUUCGCAUAUUUUUUCAGAUUUUUAUGUUUUUUCACUUUUUUUUGUGUUUUUAAAAUUUGUUUAAAAGGCUUGACAGGAGUUUAGAAUUGUUUUUUACUUUCUUUGCUACAGAAUAUUCCGAAAAAAGGCCAUUUUGAUGACAUCUUUUUUCCCGCAAGCUUUUUCGUUGUUCUUUUUAAUUUUCAACGAUCAAACGUUCGUUCUUUCAGAAACUAUGUGGCUUGACAUUGUUCAACUGGGAUCCUUCAGCGCGAUCCGUGCCUCGAACAAUGAGCUCAUAUGCUUUGGACUCGCAGCAAGAAAAAAACGGCGUCAGAUUGAACUCCACAUAUCUGUUCAACGUUGAAGUAGCGAACAUCGAGCCGCCUCCUAUGCAUAUUGUGAUGGGACUUGUUGAGUAUACCCACGUGGGUGGAAACCACAAAUCCUAA